CCCGACUCUCCCUCCCUCUUAGGUUUGUAUAUAUUUGUCUUCCCCAUCAUGGGAACUAGGUAGAAGGACAAGCGGUCCCCAAGGUUCCACCUCCAUCACAAUAACAAUCGCUACCCUUUAUCCUCUUUAUAAUUACUCAUUAACUAUGUCAUCUCUUAAACGCCGCUAUCCGGACCCGGAUCCUGAAGACAGGAUAUGGGAACAACACAGACUCACCUUCCUGAGGCUGUAUCAGGCAGAGCGAAGAACACUCAGAGAAGUAAAAGAGAUCAUGGAAAGCGAACACGGAUUCCCUGUCCAUUCUUUGUCAACUUACGAAACCAAGCUCCGCGACGAGCUUCACUUGCGCAAAAAACUCAAGAAAACUGAUUGGGUUUCUAUACACCACCAUCGCUUAAAGAGAGGCGACAAACCCACUAGGGUCUAUCUUAACGGGACGGAGAUUCCACAGGAUAAAGUGUGGAAGGAGAUUAGGAGAUCGGGAGCUCGAUCGGUAGACAAUGUUCAAGACAUCCCGCUUCCGAGAGAUGUAGUUGUGAGAACACCAUCCCCUGUCGGGUACCUCGUCCCUCGCGCCUUGCCAAUACGGCAAGAGGUAUCUCAAGGCGUUUCACCUCAGCUUCUAGUCUCCUCAAUUACGAUGCCACCUACUCCAUCAUCGCCUGGGGCUUUGAUCUAUAGCUCACAAAAUACGACCUGGUCAUCUCAAAGCUAUAUAGGAUCUUCAAUGAAUUCAACUCAACAAAGGGGUAAACUUGCGGAAUUACUAGAAGUCGCUUCGAGGGGCGUUAGCACUGCCUUACUGAGUAUCCCGUGGCUCAAGUUUAAUAACUUUAUGCAUCAAAUGGCUACUACCAUACAUUGCCCAAGUGAAUCCAGCAGGGUACUAGACCAUCGAUUAAGCUUCGAAUCAUUACCAUUUACCUUCUAUUUGGAACCUGAGUUUGUGUCGCCUGAAACCUGGGAGGCCGCAUUCCCAUUACAUAGGUUACUCGUACCUGGAAGCCACACACCCUCGUCUUCGGUACCUGCAUUGAACAUGGACAUAUUUUAUCUCCUAUCGAAAUUUCUCUAUCUGAUUUCUAACAAUAAGUUAGAACCGAGGCACAUUCUCUGUCGCCCCAAUAUUAUUCAACUUUUGCUCGAUCGAAUUCCCCAGGCACUCUUAAACAGCCUCUUCCGGGAAGAUCUACCUACAAUGAGGGCUGCGUGGCAGUUUUUAGCACGCUGUGCUGGCGGACACGGUUACCGGGAUGUAUUCAUCUCCUUAUUGAAGAUUGGGCUUCUUCACCGCGACUGGGUUAUCCCUGAAGGAACAUCUUACCUCUCUUUCGCUGCGUCGAUGGGCGCCCUCGAUGUUAUCCGGAGUCUAUUGGAAGCUGGGAUUCGUGCUGAUGACAGAAUUCGGCCUUAUCAAAACCCUGCUAUCAUCGAAGCAGCUGCUACUUGCAACAUAAAAUGCAUGGAGCUGCUGUUAGCAAAAUGUGAUGUGAAUCGUGAAGUUCGAGAGUGCCUAUGGGAGGAGGGGGAAAUAUCUAUUUUCUGCAUAUUUCUCUCUGCCUUGGUUAAGGGACUGAUCAUAACUCUCGCAAAACGAGACCAGGCAUAUCCUCCGAAGUCUUUGAAGAAAUGUGAAGGUGAAAAGCUCCUGGUCCGAUUCAGUCUUGAGGAUGGGCUACAAAGCCAAGCAUUAGAUAUGCUGUUGCAAAACGGUGCGGAUGUGGAUGCAAUAUGGAAAUGUGAUUUCUUCAUGCUGCCGUUUCCAAACAUAAGGGACGGAACCCCCGAGGAACAUUUACCGACGAUCCUCGAACAAAGUUAUUAUUUAAAUGUGGAACUUUUUCACAGAUUACUUCCAUACAGUACUCAAACAACUCGGCUUUUCUUCCGCCCAGAUAUUUGCCUCUCGGCGAAGCAGGGAUGUGAAUUUCUCAGAGAAUAUUGGACAUCACAGCUAGACCGGCAUGGCUCUGAUGGAACUGAGAUCCUAGAGUUGGUACUUGCCGAGCAGCUCUUAGUCGCAGAUCGGGCUAUCGACACAGAUAUUAUUCGAAGUCUUGUUGAGUUUGGAAUUCGCCCAGAUACUGAUGUGAUACCAUCGGACGGCUAUAUCUUCUGGCAUAUGGUAAAUAAUAUACGCACGUACGGUUACAACGAGCAAUUUACACUUAUAUUCACGGCACUUCUUCAAUCAGGGGCGAUCAUAGAUUCGAGGGCUCUAGAAGCUGCAGUUGAGGAAGAAGGCGUUGACAUCUUAAAAUUUCUGACCAAGUUUGGUGUCAAUGUGAAAAAAUACGGCGUGUUGGCAUUGUCCACGGCAGCUCGACACGGUAAUUACGAAGCGGUCUCGUGGUUAUUGGAAGCUGGCGUAGACAUCAAUGCUGUGGCAACCAACCUGGAAUCGUGGUCUAUCGAUGGUAAAUUUGGACCGUGGAGCGUAAUUGCAUUAGCAACAACUACCUUAUGGAUGCCAAAGCUCCUCGAAGAGUUUCCUCUUGGGUGCCGAAUACAAGACACUAAUCCAGCAAGUCUUGAAAUGCUCGAUUACUUAAUCGAUCACGGUGCAGAGUUGAAAAAUAGCCCUCACGAUUUAAACGCCGCCAAGUUUCUACAACGUCUUCUCGUAAUUGCCUGGGAAGACAGUUCAACCAGAGCAGGUUUGCUUGAUCUAAUGACAUUCUUUCUUUCGAAAUUAGACCGUGACGACCUAUCCAGCCCCGAAGUGUGUCUAUUGGAAGACUGUGCUACUCUAAGUCUGCCUAUGAAUGACGACAAUAACGUCGAGCAGCUGAAGAUGUCCUUGUUUGAAUUGUUUCGCUCCCACGGUGCCCCAAUGCCGAAUGGCGAUAUACUCCCAUAUCUAAUAUGCGAAGAAAGCCCGCCCGGGUUAAUCCAAAAGCUUCUAGAGGAUUGUACAAGCAUUGACACAUAUCAUACAAGCAAAACCAUCAAAUUUCCUUGUACCCUUCUCCAAGCCGCAGCCUACCGAGGUGAUAGGGAUCUGGUCGAGCAGUUAGUGGGUAUGGGAGCUGACAUUAAUAUGCCCGCAUUUGAGAAUUGGGGGAGAACGGCACUUCAGGCCGCAGCCGCCCGAGGUCAUAUGGCUUUGGUCGAGCGAUUGGUACGUAUGGGUGCUAACAUCAAUGCGCCCCGGGCUAAGAGGAUGGGGAUGACGGCGCUCCAAGCUGCGUGUGCAUUUGAUGCGGAGUCAACAACAGAGAGGGCUAAUAUGAUUAAAGUCAUACGGUUCUUGAUAAUAGAAGGAGCGGAUGUGAAUACUCCUGUGGCAAUGGAGGGUUCUUAUAGCUUCGAUACGGCACUGCAAAUUGCUGCUAGUAACGGGGAUAUAGAGGUGGCCAUCCUACUAAUCCAAAGGGGGGCAGACGUGAAUGAACCCUCACACAGGUGGGAUGGAAAACGGUAUUCUACGAUAGAUUACGCUGCUGUAUUUGGAAAGCUUGACAUGGUACAGUUUUUAUUGAGCCUUGGGGCUCUCAGUCAUAAUCGAGGCCGAACAGGAUACGAUGGAGCAAUCCAAGUGGCAGAACGUGGAGGCCAUUUUGCCGUUGCCGAUUUGAUGCGGCAACAUUACGCUGAUGAUUGCAAGUUGCUGGGCACGAAUAUUGCACGAACAUUCUUGGAGGAAGAGUCAUCAGAGGAAGAAUUAUCAGAAGAGGAAUUAUCGGAGGAAGAGUUAUCAGAGGAAGAGUUGAUGGAAGAGGAUUCAUCAGAAGAGGAAUCAUCAGAAGAGGAAUCAUCAGAAGAGGAAUUAUCGGAGGGAGAUAUCACGCUAAUUUCAGCAAGGAAGUUUCAAUGCUCUACCGCAAUCAGAUGGUGCGAAUCGCUGAUAUUUUGAUAAUAUCAGUAUAAAAUAUGGGAGCGGGGUAUAGUAGCCGUGUAGUAGUAUGAAUCUAUUUUUUCCUAUUACACGUGGUAUGCUAUUGGACAAAGG